AUGGCUCCCAACCAAAAGACCUGGCUCGUGAAUAAGAGCUCCAAACUCGGCAAGAUCGACAACCUCGCAGACAUCCUCCGCAAAGACGAAGCAUGGGCACUGCUACCGCCAGAGGAACGUCAGAAGCUAUACGACAUGCUGCCACCGCCACGAGAGGGCGAGCCACAACACGACAUAGACGUCAACCCCAUGCAAACAAUGUACAGACCUUACAUUGAGGCGGAGCCACACGUCUUCAUUCCCACAAUCGUGCCUGCCAACAUUUUUGACUCCACCAAAUCCCAACUCCGAGGCAAUUUCAAUCACGAACGCCGAUCGGAACUUUCGCAUCCAGACAACAUGGCUCCCGCCGCUCUCCAACAUCGUCGCACACACAACUUGCUACUCAUAUCAAAAUUGCUGAAUCAACGCGAUGCCGCGUCCCCAUUCACGCUCGUCCUCGAUAGCCUCGAGCAAUCGGGGAAAGCACUUGUGGCGGAGUAUAUAAGGCGGGCAAAUGCAUCGAAAGUCCAGGUGAUCUUUGUGUCGUUCGAAACACUGCGGAAGCCUAGAGGUGCCGAUGUGUUCAUCGAGGCGUGGAAGCAGAAGUUGUCGGCGUGGCAGAGGGAUGUUGUGCAGUGUUUGAAGAAUGAACCCAGUCAGAAAAACUUCCUCAUCGUCGACACUCUCAACCCCCUCUCCUCAACCCACAGCAGCACCCUCCCAGCUCUGCUCUCCUCCUUCAUCGGACCGUCAACUUCCCUCUUAGCACUCUAUCACACAGACGUCCCAACAUUCUCAGCCCCCUCCGGGCCCUCCGGGCCCUCUGGGUCAGAGAAUCCCUAUUCUCCAACACCACUAACCCUCCUCUGCUAUCUCGCCACUACAAUCUUCACAACACACUCUCUGCACCACAUCCUCGCGAAAAAGGCCGCCCGCGAACGCAGUCAUGCAGAACCGAGCUUCGGCCUCGAAACCGGCAUCGAAGGAAUCCUGCAAUCCUUCGGCGCCAAUGGAGGUGAGGGAGUGGUGUUGGAGAUGGAGCAUAGACGGAAAAGUGGAAGGGGUGUGAGGGAGUGGUAUUUCUUGCCUCGUCAUCAAGCUGCUGUCACUUCUAGCAGUCAGACGCUGCGACCGAAGGAGACUGUCAUUCUACUGGAAGAUCAUCCACAGUAUCGCACGCCUGAGGAGAGUAGUGCUGCUGCUGGUGGUGAUGGAGAGGCUGACACGACGUUUGAGCUGGGGCUUACGGAGAAGCAGAGGAGAGAUAGGGAGGGGCCCUCCAACAUGUCGGAUCGCUUUGGUCGCCGCGACGAUCGUCGUCAACCUAGAGACGAUACCAGAAAUCACCGACCACGAUACGAACAAGACCGCUCCCGCUCCCCACGAGGCCGUAACGACCGCCGCGACGACCGCCGACGAGAUCGUUCUCCACCCCGCAACGCGCCCAACUCCCGCAACGGACCACCACCACGAGACAACCGCGAUCGCGACUUUCAACGAAAUGGCCCACCACGAGGCCCGGGCGGCAGACCAGACAUCAAGCGCGAACCCGACCCGAAGGCAAACAUCCAAAAGGAGUCAAAACCUGACGUGAACAUGAUGGACAUGCUGGAAGACGAAGCCGAAGAAGCGGCGAUGCAGAGGAUUAUGGGGUUCAAAGACUUCCGCACGACGAAGAAUACGAAGGUGCCUGGGAAUGAGAGGAAUUAUGCGGUGCAUAAGGUGAAGAAGGUGGAGUAUAGGCAGUAUAUGAAUCGUGUUGGUGGAUUCAAUAGGCCUUUGAGUCCGAGCAGGGUGUGA